CCGCCAUGAAUGUAUCAGAGAGGGUGGUGAAGUGCAAAUCUUGGGAAUAUGACACAUCGGUCUUUACAGUCACAACUGUAUCACAGUUCAAUCUAGUAUGUGAUGAUGAUUGGAAGUUGGCAUUCUCGUCCAGCGCAUUUAUGGCAGGGAUGUUUCUGGGUGCUAUCUCUGCGGGUGCUGUCUCAGACAAAUUUGGAAGGUAUAAAACGUGUAUAACAUGUCUACUUCUAAAAAUGGUGGUAUCGUUCGCAUUAGCCUUUCCUCCAAACUACAUCGCCUGGGUGGUUUUUAGGUUCCUCCUCGGGUUUACUGGCCUUGGAUUCUUUACAGCUCUUUUUGUCCUAAACACUGAAAUGAUUCAUCAGAAGUACAGAGUGAAAUGGUUUUCAAUAAGUGGUUUCAUAUACAUAGCAGGUUACCUGUUAAUACCUGGAAUAGCAUUCCUUCUUAAAGACUACCACUGGCAACAAUUGGCGAUGACAGUACCUCUCAUACCAUUCGUGUUGUGUAUAUGGUACCUACCUGAAUCUCCGAGAUGGCUUCUUGCUCAAGGGCGACAGAAAGAAGCCUUGAAAAUUCUUAAGAAUAUUGGAAGGAUUAAUAAAAAGGAAUUGCCUGAUGAUGUAGAAAUACAAAUGAAUGACAAAACGCCAAGUGCCAGUGUUAUUGAUUUGUUUCGAACCCCUGGUCUUCGGAAAAGAACGUUCAAUAUAUAUUUUCAAUGGUUUGUAAACGUGACCGUCUACUAUGGUCUCACGCUCAAUAUUGGGAGAUUGCCUGGAAACAUUUACCUCAACUUUUUCAUGUCUGGUCUUUUAGAGAUACCAGGCACAUUUUUCUUGAUGCUAACUCUUGAUAGGUUUGGUAGGAAACGACCUUUUGCGGUUGCAGAGUUACUCGCAGGGCUGUGUUUAUUGGCAUGUUUACCCGUGAUUUACAGAUCUGAUCUAAGAGCUGUUCGAACUGCAUUGGCUCUUGUAGGCAGAGUUUUCAUAUCCGUUUCAUUUGGUACGGUUUACAUUUUUACUGUGGAGUUGUAUCCAACUGUAUGUAGAAACGUAUCAAUAGGGUCUGCAUCAACAUUCGCAAGGAUUGGCGCAAUAUUAGCCCCCCAGUUGUCACAUCUGGAUAAAUAUUGGGCAGGAUUGUCAACAUUAGUGUUUGGGGUCAUGGCAAUUUUGGCAGCACUCCUAGUGCUCCUUCUUCCUGAUACUUUGAACACAGCUCUCCCAGAAAGUAUUGAAGAGAGUGAACACUUUGGGAAGAAAAAGAAAAUUGAACAAGAACUGCAGGAUAACACGAGACUUUGACAUAAAAAGGAUAAACUGAAAAUGAAAAAGUUCCCAUCUAUAUAAUACUGCAUAGCGACCCUUGAACAAUUGUAUUUAUAUUUUAAGCAUUUAUUCGGUAUUUACAUUCAUCCUUUAACUAAUUCUAAGACGAAUGAAAUCACCGGAUUGAUACCUAUAGAGCGUCAGAACCUGAGAAAAUUAUUGAAUAGCAUAGUCUAUCAAGUCAUAGUCAGAAAAUAACAAAAAUUGCGACAUUACAU